AUGAUUGCAUAAGGUUUAAAGAGAUUGUCACUCCUUAAAAAUUUAAAGAAAUCUGCUUAGUUAUAUUACUUCAACAAGCAAGCAUUCGGAUCAGAUGUUGAUAAAAAUUUAAAUCCUUAUUCAUAUGAGGCUUUGAAAGAAAAUCAUUGGCUCGUCAGUGACUCAUCUAAAAAGAAUUCUGAAUGGACUCAUAAGUCAAACGCCGAAUAACUUAUUGCUAAGGUUCCUAUCAUCUAUGUUGAUUCAAAUAUAGUUAGAUGCAUUGGUGGUACUGAAAUUAAUGCUGGUCAUCCUUAGGUCUAUAUCUAAUUAGAUACAAGAAAGCAUGGUACUCCUUAAACAUGCAAAUACUGUGGUUUAAGAUAUGCCAAAAAGAUGGAUGGUCACCACCACCACUGA